UGACAUUUUGUUAUAAUGGACAGAACACACAUAAUUGAUUUGUGCAACAUGUUGCUCUGGCUGCUUAUCAUUUUGACGCUGCUGUGCGGCUUUAUUUUCACGAAGACAACCAAAGGCAUACCCAAGUCCUGGUUCGAAUGGAAGACUGAGUUCCGCUAUCAAUAUCUGGGCAUUGUUGGACUCAUACAUGAUGCACAAUACGCCUCCAGGGAUCGUGUGGCACUUUAUAAACAACCGGAUCGCAUUGCUGUCAUUACGGGUGGCAAUCGCGGCAUUGGCCUGCGCAUUGUAGAGAAAUUACUAGCUUGCGACAUGACUGUUAUAAUGGGCGUUCGGGAUCCGCGCAGUGCCGAAGACGCUGUUGGCGGCAUUGUCGAUCUGAGUCAGACGAAAGGCAAACUGAUUUGCGAACAGCUCGAUGUAGGAGAUAUGAAGUCGGUGCGUGCCUUUGCGCAGAAGAUCUCGCAGACAUAUGCCAAAGUUGAUUUGCUGAUAAACAAUGCGGGCAUUAUGUUCGCGCCAUUCAAGCUGACGGCCGAUGGCUACGAAUCGCACUUUGCCAUCAAUUACCUGGGCCACUUCAUGCUCACCCACCUGCUGCUGCCGAAGCUGCGUGCGGCCGGCAAGCCGGGCAGAAAUGCGCGCAUUGUGAACGUUAGCUCCUGUGUGAAUCUGAUUGGCCGCAUCAACUACAAGGACCUCAAUGGACUCAAAAACUAUUAUCCCGGCACUGCGUACAGCCAGUCGAAGCUGGCACAGAUUCUGUUCACACGCCACCUGCAGACGUUGCUGGAUGCGGAGAAGGCCAACGUGCAGGUGAAUGUGGUGCAUCCGGGCAUUGUGGACACGGAUCUGUUUGAGCACUCGGCCACGACGGCGGUGCCGUUCUUCAAGAAGCUCUUCUUCAAGACGCCUGAACGUGGCUCACGCACCGUUGUCUUCGCUGCCAUAGAUCCGUCCAUCGAGGGCCAGGGAGGCACCUAUCUGAGCAACGGCGGCAAGGGGCCCUUCCAUGCGGACGCCAAGCAGCCGGCCAAGUGCGAAAAAUUCUUUGAGCACUCCUGCGCACUGCUGAAGAUCAAGCAGUACGGCAACGGCGAAUAUCCACUCUAAUAGGCUCAAUUAUUUAUGUAUGACAUUCACUAACAUUCCCCAACUGGUGCAACGUAAUUUUCUGUUAAGUAAUUUCAUGUUUAAUAUCAUCUAAAAUU